AUAGGGAAAUCAUCAAAAGAUAGAAUCAUGCAUGAUCAUGUGUUUACAUAGCAAGCUAGAGCCAAACUCAUUAUAUAUAAGACCCCCCCUGGUUUCCAAAAACUAGUGUUCUAACAUUCAUAGGCACAUUACACAAUAUAUAAUAAUAAGAAAUUUCUCAAAAUUCUCUUCUCCUCUUUCUGUGCUUAAUUACAACAAAAAAUAUGGAUGGGAAGAAACUUGAGUACAAAGGUCCGGAGGCCUUGAAGGAGAUCGAAAGGCUGACAACGGAGGCUGAUAUAGUUCAGGAAAGUAUCUUGAGAGAAAUCUUGAGAAGCAACUGUGAAACUGAGUAUCUGAGUAAGUACAUGGAUAAAGGAGCGAAAGAUGAUGUUUCAGUAUUCAAGAAACGAGUCCCUGUAAUCACUUAUGAGGACAUUAGGCCAUUUAUUCAAAGAAUUGCCAAUGGUGAAGACUCAUCACUCCUUACUGGACACCCAGUAACAGAGAUGUUAUGCAGUUCAGGGACUUCUGGUGGUGAGCCCAAGAUGAUGCCUUCGAUUGCAGAAGAUCUGGACCGUCGAACAUUCUUAUAUAACCUCAUCAUGCCCAUAAUCAACCAGUAUGUUCGUGGUUUGGACGAAGGCAAGGCCAUGUUCCUGUACUUCGUCAAGGCUGAAAUGUCCACACCCUGCGGGCUUCCGGCACGUGCAGUUCUGACGAGCUACUACAAGAGCAAGCACUUCAAGUGCCGAGCCUACGAUGUCUUCAGCAACUACACGAGCCCGGACCAAGUCAUUCUUUGCAACGACAGCAACCAAAGCAUGUACUGCCAGCUCCUCGCCGGCUUGGUCCACCGCCACCAAGUCCUGCGCCUGGGUGCUGUCUUCGCGUCGGCACUCCUCCGUGCCAUCUCGUUUCUCGAGCGUAACUGGGCCAGUUUCUGCAACGACAUCCGCCUCGGCCGCCUCGACCCUUCUAUCACCGACCCCGAGUGUCGUUCAGCCAUGUCUCCUGUGGUUUCGUCCCCGAACCCUGGCCUGGCUGAGGAGAUAGAGGAGAUCUGUGGAGAACAGCGUCAUUCGUGGAAAGGUAUCUUGUGCAAGCUCUGGCCCAAGGCCAAGUACAUCGAGGCCGUGAUAACGGGGUCCAUGGCCCAGUAUAUUCCGGCUUUGGAGUACUAUAGUGGAGGGAAGUUGCCCUUGGUUUGUACCAUGUAUGCUUCUUCCGAGUGUUACUUUGGGGUCAACUUGAAACCGCUCAGUGACCCUUCUGACGUGGCGUUCACCCUUAUGCCCAAUAUGUGCUACUUUGAGUUCAUACCGCUGGGAGAUAAUGGGACACUAGUGUUUGACGUGGCUGAAGAGGAAGAGGUGCCUGUUGACAGGCUUGUUGAUUUGGUCCACGUCAGACGCGGAUGUUAUUAUGAAUUGGUCGUCACCACCUUUGCUGGACUAAAUAGGUAUCGAAUUGGCGAUGUGCUACUAGUGACGGGGUUCCACAACAAAACUCCACAGUUUCAAUUCAUAUGCAGAAGGAACGUCCUCCUCAGCAUCGACAACGACAAGACCAACGAAGAGGACUUGCACAAGAGCGUCUCUGUCGCCAAGAAGCUUCUAGAGCCUCACAACGCCCUCCUAGUCGAGUACACCAGCUACGCUGACACGUCACGCGUGCCUGGACACUACGUCCUCUACUGGGAACUCCUGAUGCACCACGUGUCCUCCUCUUCCUCGUCAUUAGUAGAAAACGACAAUGAAAAUAAGGUGUUGGAAGAGUGUUGCAUCGCCGUGGAAGAAGAGUUGGACUACAUUUAUCGUCGUUGCAGGACGAACGACAAGUCGGUAGGGCCUCUGGAGAUUCGAGUGGUGAAGCCAGGGUCGUUUGAGGCCCUUAUGGACCUGUUCAUAAGCCAAGGUGGCUCCAUAAACCAGUAUAAGACUCCUAGGUGCAUCAAGUCGGCUACGGCUCUCAAGCUUCUUGAUUCUAAUGUCGUGGCUUCCUUCUUUAGCCCAAGGGAUCCUACCUGGAUUCCUUAAUAACUUUACUAUAUAUAUAAAUAUAUAUAUAUUGCGACCCUGGAUCGUAUGACUUACUUUUAUAUUUAUAUGCAUGUAUCGAAAUCGAAUUCUCUCAAACAUAGAACUUUUUUCUAAUUAA